AUGGUCUUCACCUCUCCAUUCGGCUCCUCUACUGCUAAAGCAGGCCAUGGGUCAAUCAUUCUCGUAACAUUACCUCCAGACAACCCUGUGCUUCGUAAUGUGUCGUAUCAAUACCCUCUCAAAUUGGUCGCGCCGGAUCCGCUGCCACCACCUGCAUUCGGCUCUGAUAUGAUAUCGCCUCGCCUCAUCCAUACUGUCUUCCUACUCACAUAUGGAGGAGGGAUUGUUGCAGGUGAUAGUAUCGAUUUGCAAGUGCGCUUGGACAGCGGGACUAGGCUCGUACUCCUGACCCAAGGGUCAACGAAGAUCUUCAAGACCCUCGAUCCUUCAGUGGUGUCCAAGCAGCACAUGACGGUUCAUUUGGAUCAAAAUGCAGCCCUCGUCUAUCUUCCGGAUCCAGUCCAGCCUUUUGCACGUACAGCAUUCUCUCAAUCACAGACAUACCAUCUCAAAAACCAGCAGGGGAGCUUAUGUGCAUGCGAUUGGGUUACUAGUGGACGGUCGGCACGUGGAGAAAACUGGGAUAUUUAUGAAUACAAGAGCAGGAACGAAGUAUGGACUACAGAUAACGCUGGCAAGAAGAGACUGCUCAUGAGGGACAAUUUGAUACUAGACAACCACGGCCGCACAAACAUGGCAUUGUCGUCGCGUAUGGAUGGAUAUUCGGUCUUUGGGACGCUCAUAAUCCGAGGGCCAAUCUUCUCGGCAUUGUCACAGUUCUUUCUAGACGAGUUCGAGGCAUUGCCACGUAUAGGCGGCAGAAAUUGGGGCGACUCUGCACAGCCAGACUUGACGUCAAGGGAGCAAAGACGCCAUGCUAGACAGCAGAGAGAGAAGACUGAUGGGCUGAUAUGGAGUGCUGCCAAUGUUCGGGGAUUUUUGUUGGUUAAGUUUGCGAGUGCUGAAGUGGAAGGCUCAAGGAAUUGGCUCAGAGACAUGAUCAAGGAGGACGGGUCGGUGCUGCAAGCUUUCGGAGAGCGGGCUAUACUUUGCUUAAAGUAA